AUACACAACAAAAUAAACAUAAAAGUACAAUAAAAAGCGAAAAAGCAAAACAAACAAAAUAAUAUAUACAAGACAAUGGAUGGUCUUAAUUAUCCCGAAUUUGAUGAAAGUUUCCUCAAUGAACCAUCUAAAGUUGUGGAAUUGAUCGAGACCUUGGAUGUGAUGGUAAAUUCAAACAAAAUGGAAGACAAGCGAGAAGGUAAGAAGAAGAAGGAACCACAAACGUCGUUUGCUGAUAUCAGUGCGGAUGUAACAGAUGAUAGCUUUUUUAUCACAUCUCGCGGUCGCAGUCAGAAUCUCGGUCGCCGAUCAACAAGGAGAACCAGGUCAAGAAGCAAAGCACUUGCCAACUUAAAUCAGUUUACAUUCAUGCGGCAAAUUGAUCAAACUCUCGAGCAACGCACUCAGACGCGUAUUGAACGCGAGCGAGUCGCCAACAAUUUUCGCAGACUGGGCAACUCUGCUUAUCGCAAGGAACAAUUUAGCAACGCCAUUGAAAUGUAUACCAGAGGCCUGGAAUACAUCAAGGAUACUCCGGUUCUCUAUAUAAAUCGCGCAUGCUGCUAUCUAAAACUACGCAACUUUAAUCUAGCCAUAAUAGAGUGUAAUAAUAUAUUAACCAAACUGGAUCCAAAGUAUCUUCGCGCCUUUCUCUACAGAGCUAUUGCCUAUAAACGCUUGAAUGAUGAGAAAAACUACGAGGAAAGUAUUUAUCAGGCGAAGCGUCUUAAUUCCAGGGAAAUGGAAUUCAUUGAUGACUUUUUGGAAAAGAUGCGCACUUUUUAACAAACGAGUGUGCUGCGAAAUUGUUAAGUGUCGAAAUUUCAGCAGAGCAUAUUUAUUUAUUUUUUAUUAAUUUUAACCUAUUAGAAUACUUUAACAAAAUUGUAUCAAUAUACAGUCAUAAUGUUCUAUAA